CUUCAACCCCCAGCACUACCAAUUAAACAAUCAUCGCCGCGUCCGCCAUGGAAACGCCUUCAAUUGCCGCAUGGCUGCUAACUGUAGCCCUCAUCCUCUUCUCUCUUCGUCUCCGCCGCCGAAAACUCAACCCCCCUCCCGGCCCAAAACCUUGGCCUAUAAUUGGCAACCUCAACCUCAUCGGUCCACUCCCCCACCGCUCCCUCCACGCCCUUUCUCAAAAAUACGGCCCACUCAUGCAACUCCGCUUCGGUUCAUUCCCCAUCGUCGUCGGUUCCUCCGUUGAAAUGGCCAAAGCCUUCCUUAAAACCCAUGACGUUGUUUUCGCUUCCCGCCCUAAAAUCGCCGCCGGUAAAUACACCACCUACAAUUACUCCGAUAUAACAUGGUCCCCUUAUGGUCCUUACUGGCGCCAAGCCCGGAAAAUGUGCCUGAUGGAGCUCUUCAGCGCCAGACGCUUAGAGUCCUACGAGUACAUCCGAAAAGAAGAAAUGAAGCUCCUCCUGAAAGGCCUUUACAAUUCCUCCGGCACCCCGAUUAUGCUCAAAGAUCACCUCUCAAACGUCAGCCUAAACGUGAUCAGCCGCAUGGUGCUGGGGAAAAAGUACACGGAAGGAACUGGAGAGAACGAGAUCGUCACUCCGAAGGAGUUCAAGGAGAUGCUUGAUGAACUUUUCCUACUCAACGGUGUACUUGACAUCGGAGAUUCGAUUCCUUGGCUAAGCUUUUUGGAUCUCCAAGGGUAUAUUAAGAGGAUGAAGGUCCUGAGCAAGAAAUUCGAUAGGUUUUUGGAGCAUGUACUGGAUCAACAUAACGCUAGGAGGAAAGGGGUGGAGGAUUAUGCGGCUAAGGACAUGGUGGAUGUGCUUUUGCAGCUCGCCGACGAUCCGACCCUGGAAGUCAAGCUGGAGAGACAUGGAGUGAAGGCAUUCACUCAGGAUCUCAUCGCCGGUGGAACAGAGAGUUCUGCAGUGACGGUGGAAUGGGCAAUUUCAGAGAUCCUGAAAAAGCCAGAGAUCUUUGAAAAGGCAACGGAGGAACUAGACAGAGUCAUUGGAAGAAGCAGAUGGGUCGAAGAAAAAGACAUCGUCAACCUCCCUUUCAUUGACUCCAUAGUCAAAGAAACCAUGCGACUCCAUCCCGUGGCACCGAUGUUGGUCCCUCGCAUGUCCCGCGAGGACUGUCAGAUCGACGGCUACGACAUCGUCAAAGGCACCAGAGUGCUUGUAAAUGUAUGGACAAUUGGGAGGGACCCUACUCUGUGGGAAAACCCUGAUGAAUUCUGUCCGGAUAGGUUCAUCGGGAAGGACAUCGAUGUCAAGGGGACGGACUAUGAGCUGCUGCCAUUUGGAGCCGGGCGGAGGAUGUGCCCUGGGUAUGCUCUGGGGCUUAAGGUGAUUCAGUCAAGUCUGGCGAAUCUUCUCCACGGAUUCACCUGGAAAUUGCCAGGGAACAUGAAAAAUGAAGAUCUGAAUAUGGAGGAAAUUUUUGGGCUGUCGACGCCAAAGAAAAUCCCACUUGAAGCAGUGGCUGAGCCUCGGCUCCCACCUCAUAUGUAUUCUCUGUAGGCUCUGUUUUUAGCAUAUCUGAUAAAAUACUAAUAAUUACAUGUUUGAAGAAGGGAGUGAUCAACUGAGUUCAUUUUUGUAUUAUGAAUUUCUGUAAUGUUUGUCAAGCAUGUUGAAUUCUGAUCUAUAUAAAAAAGAAAAAAAUUUGAUAUUC